AUAGUCGAUGGGAUGUUGCUGUCGGAGAAACCAAAGUCGUACAAUGGGAAACAUGCAUAUACACCUUUACAAACCAAGCGCAUAACAUCCUCAACUUCUGUGAUACAGCUUGGGCCCAGAUUGGAGAUGGAAUAGCAUGGACCUGCGGGAGAUGGCUGGACGAUCCUGCGAAAGGAGGCAUCUGCACGAGGACCGAGUUCUAUGUCGAAGCCGUUCGAACACCCAAUAUGCCUGGGCCAAGCUAUACCCUUGUGCAUUCGACAGAUUCCGCCGUCAAUUUGAAUACCGGAAGUCAAACAUCGACUACAAGCGGGAGGACCACUUCUUCUACUACUACCUCCAGUUCCGUCUUCACCGAUAGCACCACCACCGCCACUCAGAGUCUCCCCUCCCUGAAUUUAUCAACCGUCUCUAUCGAAACCUUGUCGGAUAUUCCAACAAUAUCAAUAGCGCAAGGAAAUUCUACUGGUAACCUUUCUCCGGAUAUCGGUGACCAGACGAACGACCAAAGUGCCAAAAAACCUGAGACAGCGGCCAUCAUAGGCGGGGUCGUAGGCGGCAUUGCAUUUCUAGCACUUAUUGUAGCAUUUGUCCUCCUAUAUCGGCGCCUGAAAAGGCGUGAAAAAGCGUAUCAAAUGCAACACGGCUCCUCCGCAUUCCUUCCCCCUCCCAUGGGACGCAAUAGUCGCUCCACAGACCCGGCCUGGUCAAUAUCGUCGCAAAUGUAUCCAAUGGAAAAGAGAAGACCUCCGCCAGACUCGGAUAAUAACUCUGUGUAUCAGAUACCUGAUACCCCAUCACAAUCUGUCACACCUGCUGGGGUUACCCCAGAAGGUUCAGCCACAAACCCACGAUCGUCCAGCGACUACAUGACCUCAAAUAUACCGGAUACAGUUGCCCAAAAUACUCCAUCCCCCUCAGCACAACCCCAUCCUCGAUCCACGCAUGCUCUGAUAGCUGCUGCCGCCCCUCCUAACAUGUCUCAACAACAAAUUGACCAACUCGCUGCAAACUUUGUUUCAUUGGUCAGGGGAAGACAAGCAGACUAUGAGGAAGAUUUAGACGAUGACGAUGGUGUUCAAGAGUUGGCGGAGGUGUUGCUGGCUGGGGCCGAGGAAAUAGCCACUGAAAGCUUGGAUGUCGGCCUCUAG